GUGCAACAAAGAAAAAUCAAGAAGAAGAGGUAAACACUUUACCCUUAGAGAUUGAAGGACAACUUGGAGAAGUAGAAAUUAUGCCUGCAGAAACUAAACAAGAGGAUGUCCCUAAGGAGGAAGAGGAAAAAGCUCAGGUGUCAUUUGAAGUGUUCAAUGGGGAGUCUCUUUUAACCAAAUCUGAUUUUAAUGAUUAUUUUGUUAUUGAUAUGGUUGAUGAGAUUCUGCAGAAAAACACUUAUGAGGAUCUAUUUGAGAUUUACCUUAUUCAAGCAAAAGACUCAAUCAAAGAAUACGUAAAUUGCUUGAACACAUCAUCUUCCUUGGAAUCAAAGGGGGCACUCCUAGAAGAAUUGGGAAGGCACAUCUACUAGCCUAAACCCAAACCACCUCAAAAUAGUCAUUGGAGAAAAUCUUAUGGUGGAUUCAACUUAAGGGCAAGAAAGCCAAGAUUUAGAA